UGGGUCUUAAUCCUGGAAAUUUCUGGAAUACGCCCAGAGAAGGCUGCGCCCGACACGUCAGUUAACGGAAGGGCAAAAGGGUGAUUCCAGGUUUCAAAAACGACAAGCUUUCUGUGGUGGUAAAAAAGGUUUUACUGCAGCUCAUACCUCUGAGGUGGCAAUGGCAAGAUUGUCAAUUGACCGAGUGUGUCCUACUUAGUUGAAGAGGGAGGCACCAAGAUUUUUUUGGUAACAGCAGACACUCGAAGAGGGAGACUCUCAAUACAGAUCUCAAACACCUAUAGCUCCAGCAGGGUGUAGACUGCCUGAUACACACCGAAUCCGAGCCGCUGUGUUCGAUAACCCAGAAAGACAUGUAUGAACCCAACGGAGGAUGCAUUACAGGGGGCUUGUUAAUUGAGAUAGGCAGCUGUUGAGCAACUAGAAGGGAACCACAAAAUGGAAGACGUAGCGAAGCUGAAGAACAUAAUUUAUAGGGAAGAAAAUCAGGUCAGCGAGAGUGCUGUUGAAGUGGCCAGUCUGACAACUGAUGAUGAUUGCAAGACAUUGUCCGAUGUUAAUGACGAAUCAGACCUCGAGGUUACAAUCAAAACAGCGUGUCGAGGAAAACACUUCAGAAGAACUAUGUCUUCCCUGUCAAAUGAAAAGGUAGCUGCGACAUAUGAAAUUGGGUUUCGGUCACUGCACCGAUUUCGUUGUGGCAAAGUGAACCUCCCACUGUGCCAAAUGCUGGUUGAAAAUUUUGAUGUUGGGAACUCAUGCAUCAUGAUACACGGAAGGAACCUGACAAUCACACAUGAAGACUUUGGCACAUUAUGGGCGUCAUGGAUAGAGGGUGCGAUGUGAAUCUUGAAGGAAGCACCGAGGACCCUGAUAUACUGGGGCUGAAGAGCAAGCUUUCAAGGAAGGAGAAGGAGAUAACCAUACAUGGUCUGAGGAGGUUGUUGAUUGAAUCUGAAAGUACCGACGACACUUUUAAGGUCAGCUUUGCUUUGUAUGCCCUUGCAACUCUGUUAAUCCCAGUUACGGGAAUCGAAGUUGAUCCAAGAUACCUUAUACCACUUAAGGAUCCUAAUGCCCUGGGUUCAAAAAACUGGGCAAAGUUUGCAUUCGCCAAGCUUGUUGAAGGGUUGUCAUCAUUCCAGGCCACGCGGACUGGUUUGGCAGGAGGUUGUAUUAUGUUCCUUCAAUUGUUCUACCUGGACGUUGUUGGCAACGGUAUCUGUAUAUAUCCAAAGAUUGGGAAACCAGUGAUGACGUGGAGCAGAGAUGACUUGAAGAGAGUUUAUGAAAAAGUGGAGAGCGAGGGCGGAUUUAAAAGCGAGAAUGUGCGUGUAACAAAGAAGUAUUUCAGGGGAAAUGUACUUUCAGGGACUGGAUCAGUUGAUCCCAGCACAGGGAUUAAGACAACUGUAGUAGACGAUUUAUCAGAAGUGAGGUCUGAUGUUGGUGUUGUGAAAGGGGAUAUAGAGAGUUUGAAGUUAACGAUUAGUCGGUUGGAGCCAGACAUGGGUCGAUUGAGGAGAGCAAUUCUGACACUAGAAUCCACGGUUGGGCAACUUAAGGCCAACGGUCUCGGCGGCAUUGUUGCUGAAGCAAUCAAGCAAGUGUUUGAAGACAAGUCCUACACUUACGGUGGUAAUUUUGGGAACGAUGGUCUUUUUAUCAAUGAAGAGCACCAAGGCACAGAAGCUGAGCAACAUGACGAUGAGAUGCCUCAUAACAAAUCUAUCAUUGUCAUGUCCACUGACAAGGAUGCAUAUGGAUGUGACAGCAUUGACAUGGAAGAAGAUGAGGCAGGGAGUUUCCCGGCGGUGUCUGAGAUAUCGCACAGCGACUCAUACCUACUGACCUAUCUAUUCAGCAAGAAGGUUACCGCCAACGACAGUGUUGGGAGCAAUGAAGUUGCGAGGCACGAGGAAUGGUCUGUUUCUCGAUGGGACAUGAGGAGCUUGUCCCCAAUGCAAUGUCUGACCUGUGAGGUACUAUAUGGCAUGCGAUCCAGAUCAAGUAUGCUUUGUUCUGUCAGUCUAUGGCAUUCAAUAUGAUUCAGGCUUUAAUCUCCAAAGUAACAUAUAACGGUCGGUGGUACCAAGCAUGUCACACUGUUUUCGACAACUGAAACAAAAGAAGAACAACGAUCUGCUAAUCUGUUUGGAACACAAUAUGUAAGUGCCUCUUCCAUGGUAACUACAUCAUAAUGU